UUCGACGUCGAUUAUUGCGUUUAGUGUAUCAGUUCUAGCAGUCACAGCUUUGCGACAGGUCAGCCGACAUGAAGACGACGCCAGGACUCCCCGAGUUCAUUUUUAUAGCUGCCAUUGUCAUAGAAACAACGUUUUUUACGUUUUCUGAAGGUGUUUCGGCCAAAUGUACAACACACGAUCCAGGACGCUAUGCAUUCUCUGACUGCUCAAAUGAAAUGUAUCAUAAAUCAAUUUGUGAAACAAAAUGUAAACCAGGAUACAAAUUAAAAGGGCCAUCGCGCAUGAUGUGUUGGUGUAAAAAUAGAAAUUGCAAGUGGACAGGAAAAAGAGCUUCUUGUGAACGAACGGCAUGUCAAGUUCCUGAUGAUGAUACGGGAUUCAUGAAUUUUAUUGAUAUUUGGGAUGAUGGAUUUGCUAGUUUAAUACAAUUCAACAAUAUUUCUUCAACUCCAGAUUCUGAAUUUGGUUGGUCGGUUGUUGUCAUAUUUGAUAAACCACUUGGAGAGACAGCGACCGUGAUGACAUGGAAUUUCGAGCAGACAUCUGCGUCAUAUGACGGUCAAGCAUUCACUUUUGUAAACGCGAAACAUAAUACUAAGCUAUCAAGCUUUGUCACAAAAGAUAAUCGUUUGUCAGCUCUUAUCGUUGUACAAAAAGUGAUAGGCAACAUCCCCAAAGCAGCCUACGUUGGAAUGUAUCAGAAACGAGUGAAAGAUGCAACUUGCCUCGCUGCGUCAAAAAUGCCGCAAAUACAGCGAAUCGAUAGUGCAAUAGCUUAUAAUAAACCUGUAAAAAUAGAACAGUCAACAGCAACCAAGUCAGUCGUCUCCACCAAGCAUACUCCACUGUCAACACCAAAUGCAAUCGAGAAAUCUACAACCGCCAAGCCAAAUUUUGAAGUAACAUCCAAAACUACUCAAAAACCCGAAAAUCAAAUGACGAAGGCGGCUAUUAUUGCCACCACUGAAGAAACUACACAUGUCAGCUCGGCCUUAACGUCUAAAACUACUCAAUCGACGAAUGUUCCUGUUAUCACCACAGUUAAAAUUCCUGUUGGGGAUUUUUGCGUUUUACAAACUCACGAUACCUGUUACAUCACCGACGAUAGUUGGGAAGACGGUGGGAAAAACUACUUCAGUGGAAACGUUGCUCUUCGAUCUCCUAGCGAUUUAGAUGACUGGUCUAUGGUGGUUGUUUUCGAGGAGGUUGUGGAUAAAAUUGAGACCUGGGCAUGUCGUGUUCUAGAUAAUUCUGAAGAUGGUUUCAUUUGGACCUUUGGGCCACAUCCAUGGAAUACAAAGUUAUAUGGGGGAGAAAGCGAUAUCAGAUUUAUUGCUACACAGGCGUAUUUCACGGUUGAUAAUCCAAACGCCCAAGUUUACCUCUGUUCAAACACGUUUACAUCUGGCGAUGCUGUGAUGUCAAGUCCCAACAAAAAGCCUGCUGCAGAAGUUCAUAUGGAAGAAACUACGCGUAGUCCAUUUAUAACACUUUCUUCGAUGACGACAACUACCGAGACGACUGCAGCAACACGUCCAUCAGCAAGAUGCUCUCCCAGUUCUCCAAAUGGUCGCCCGGUUAAGAGGGCAGAGCAAAUUAGACUGAAUUUCAAAGAAAACAAUGAUGAAACAAAGUACAAUUACAACGAGCUCCUUCACAAGUCGAUAUUGUUUUACGAAGCACAGCGAUCUGGUGAGCUUCCAGAUAGAAACAGAAUACCGUGGCGUGGCGAUUCAGCCCUGAAAGAUGGAUGCGAUAUUGGUGUAGAUCUUACUGGUGGAUGGUAUGAUGCUGGUGACUACGUGAAGUUCAACUUUCCAAUGGCAUACUCGUUGACUGUGCUGGCAUGGGGAGGAAUAGAAUUUCGAGACGCAUACGAAGAUGCCGGAGAACUGGAGAAUAUGAUCAACGCAAUAUUAUGGCCAACCAAAUACUUUAUUAAAACUCAUAUCUCAAAAUAUGAAUUGGUCGGACAGAUAGGACACGGACAGACAGACCAUAAUUAUUGGGGAAGAUCUGAACAAAUGAACAUAAAAAGACCAACAUACAUCAUUUCGGAUAAAAACCCUGGCACCGAACUUGCUGCUGAAGUGGCAGCGGGUCUCGCAGCAGCCUCUGUAUUUUUACGACCAACUCAUCCCGACAUUUCCAAUGAAGCCUUACAACACUCCAAAGAAAUUUAUGAAUUUGGUAACAAGUAUCGAGGAACUUAUCAUUUGUCUAUACCCGACGUUUCAAGAUAUUAUAAAUCAUAUUCCGGAUAUCAGGAUGAAUUAGUAUGGGCAGCAGCUUGGUUAUAUAAGGCUACAAAUGAUACCAGUUAUCUCCAUGCAGCAAUUAAAUUUCAUGACAGAAUGGGAGGGAAACAUGCGACGGCUCCAAUGUUUUCGUGGGAUAACAAACUUCCUGGAGCGCAGGCUUUGUUAGCGAAACUUACUGGAAAAGCAGAUUUUAGAAUCCCACUUUCAAAGCAUUUAGAAAAGAUGCAAAGAGAGAAACGAACGCCACAGGGACUAGUAUAUUUAUCCGAAUGGGGAACUAAUAGACAUGCCGCAAAUGAGGCUCUAUUGGCAAUAAUGGGCGCAAACCUGGACCCUCCACUUCCUCGUCAUAAGACAUAUCUCAAUUGGGCAAAAAAGCAAAUAGGAUUGAUACUGGGUGACGAUGGAAGAAGUUAUGUCGUAGGAUUCGGAGUAAAUCCACCUAAGAGGGCUCAUCAUUCGUCCAGUAACUGCCCGCCAUAUCCUGAAAGAUGUGACUGGACGACGUAUCAUUCUCCAAAACCUAAUCACUAUGUUUUGUAUGGCGCAAUCGUCGGCGGUCCAAAUGAGAAAGGCGUGUACGGUGAUAAUAGAGGAGUUUAUGAAGAGACUGAAGUUGCGUGUGAUUACAAUGCCGGCUAUCAGUCAGCAAUAGCAGGAUUGAAACAUUUUGCGAUGAAAAAUCGACUGCUAUCAACAACGGAGCCACCAACGACUGCAGAAGCAACGAGCAAGCUUUCUACCCCCGAGUUGAAAUUAAAAUCCUCAAAGAUCAAAAUAGUACUUUCUAAGAAUUUGAACAAAAAACAACAAUGCCGCCCUCGGCGUAGCAAAAAAUGCAUCAAGGCCAGAUGGGCUGCGCGAAAAUUGCAGUAAUAACUGCAGGACAUUAGUCUUAACAUUAAUUUUGUCACUGAACGAUCGAAUUCUUGUCAUUUCCGUACGUUAGCGUGACAUUCAAAACAAUAGUAAUUGUUGAUAAAAGUUUUAUAUGGAAAUGUGUUUAAUUAUGUCUUGAAAUUUAUGAAAAUACAAAAAUAUUUAUUAUUAUAUAUACGAAAGUAGU